AUGGGCUAUCCUGAUACAAAUAUAUUAAACCAACUUUUAAAGAGCGAUAGAAUGUUAGCAUUAGACCUUUUCCACCAAAUAAUGUCAUCAAGCUCAAUUAGCAAUAAAGAUAAUUUAUUCCAUCAGCUUCAUAAACUAGAUGAAGAGUAUAUUCAAAUUGCUGUAAAUCCUCCCUAUUCUAUACAAAUAAUACCCUCACUAUUAGAAAAAUCAUUUAAUGAAUCAACCAUUUCACAAAUAGAAUCAUUAUUAAAAAAUUAUAAUAAUAGUAACAAUCAACCCCACAUAAACCAAUUAAUGAAUAAAUAUAAAAAUCUUAUUGUUAAAAAUGUAUUUAAAAAAGUAAACAGUAUCUUUCAAAGAGAUAAAAUACUCCAACUUAUAAUCAGUAACCCAGACUAUCAUAUACCACCAACCUUAUCAUACCAAGACGAUUUAGGGAAAAUCGACAUCCAAGAUAUAGUAUUCAAUGUAGUUUCACUAAAUAUCCAAAACAAGCUUCUAGAUUUAAACUAUUAUUAUAUACCCAAAGAAUUAGAGCAAUAUGAACAAAUAAUUCAAGAUAUAAUAGAUAUUAAAGAAUUGGGUAAAAAAAGAAUUCUCAAACUUACGGGUCUUUUUAGAGAGAUGGAUGAAUAUAGUACCUCCGCUUAUGAAGAAAAAGAAAUAAAAAGAUUUGGUUAUAUUGAAAAGGAAUUGUUUGAAAUUGAAAAUUUAAAACUAUUUUUAUCAAAUAAUGAAAAUGACUGGAAAAGAGUUAAAAAAGAGUUCAGGGCUAUCAAAAGAAAUAGAAAUGAAGCGUUCCAUACAAUUUUAAGUCAAGAUUUUAUUAAAUAUUACUAUUCAGUUCUAUAUGGUAGAGAAAAAUAUAGGUUUAUCUGCAACUUUGUCCAAAGGAGUAUUCAAUAUUCGAUUUCCCAUUAUUUCUAUACUCUCGAAAAUAAAGAGUUCUACAGCUUUAUAAAUUCAUUAUCAAAUAAAAGCGAAUUGGUUUCGAAAUGGUUAAAAGUAAUAAAGAGAAUUACCGUGACAAUCCCAAAGCAUACAAUUGGUUCAAAGGAUGUAAAUGAAUAUAGGUUUGCCAUCAAAGAUAAAGAAACAGUAGAUUUAAUUACAAAUUAUAAAGAACUAUUUAAGGAUUUCAAAUACUAUAGUAAAGCAAAAGAUCUGUUAUUUUUAAACUAUGAAUCCCUGGAUUAUGCAAUUAACAAAGUUCAACUAAAGUUACCAAAUAUUAAUGAGAUAAAUGCAUUUAUAUUUCCACUCAAGAAUGCCCUUGAAUCAUUUGGCUUAAAUGAAAUAAAAUUAGUCAUAGACAAUUGUAAUUUCAACAUUAUUGAACUAGAGAGAAAAAUUGACCAUAUCAAAUUAUCAAAGAGGCUAUCUAAUGAGCAAAUAGACCAACUUUUAGAAACCAUAACCUAUUUUAUUUCAAAUAGAAAUAUCGCGGGUUUAUAUUUUUGCUUAGACUUAAUACCCGAUAACGAAGCUUUUCAAAACCUGGCCUUUGAUGGUGAAGAUUCAAGUAAAAGCAAUUUGAAACUAUGGAUUAAAUUAUUCAUUGCAACCAUUAAAAGAGCAUCUAAAUAUAAAUUCAACAAUCUCUUAAACAGGAUCAAAUUUAAUCCCAUAGUGAAAUACCCUCGAAUAUUUGUUGAAGUAUGGGAGGGUAUGAAUGAAAACGAACUAUUACCAGAUAUUUUCGAUGAAAUCCCAAUAUUUACUAGUCCUCAAACCAUAGAAUGCUCAUUUAUAACACAUCCAUGUUCCCAAAGAGACCCAGACCAAAUUAUUGAUAUGGUUCAAUUAUUAAUAAACAAUUCAAAACAACUAAUAAAUAAUAAUGGUCAUAUAAAAGAAGCAAAAUAUAGAGAAGCUUUAAGCAGAGCCAUUAAUUAUUUAUUUAGGGUAUUAAUUCAAAGUGAAAAUGUAGCAUUUGAAAAGAUUUCAUUGACUCACCAAUUUAUAAACGAGUCUGGUAUUGUAGAGGUUCAACAUUCAACUCUGUUUUCGGUAUAUUAUCUCGCAAUAAAGUCAAGAAAUUUAAUAAAAUAUAUUUCAAGUGUGCCACAAUUUAAACUUUAUCAAUUUUAUUAUUACAAACUACCAGAUACAACAUAUUGCUUUGAACAAGGACUCGAGCAAAGAAUAGAACCAUUCGAUCUUCGAAAUUAUUUAGAUCCAAAAGAAUUCUCGUUUGAUUUUAUAUUUGGUAAAUAUUCAACAUUCGAUGCAAUUUUAAAUAAAUUAAUCAAUCAGUUUAUAUAUAAAGAAACUCGAUUUUUUUCAGACCAAACAAAAUGCAAUUUUGGUGGUAAAGAGUUAAUUAAUCAUACUCUAGAGUUCCUAUUAAUGAUUAGGAGAUCAGAUUUAUUUUUACAACAUUUAGAAACCAUUCAAAUCAGAUUCCCAAGCUAUUUUAAUAACCAUUUUCAAUUCUCUGAACGUUGCCUAGACUAUGCUCUUUGUGGUGGUGAUGAAAUCGUACUCUCAGCAAUACUAAAUCAAACAGAUAAACUAAAUAAUCUACUCCAAUCAUCGCUAUUAAUAAAAUAUCAUAACCAAAUAAGAAAUAUAGUUAAUAUUUGCACCAUUGAUACCAAAAACACAAUAACACCCGAUACCUUAAUAACCUCGUGUCUAUAUAAUUCUAUUUUUUCAAAAAGAGAAAUUUCUUUUACUAAUUUUAUUAGACACCACACCAAAUGCCUUCCUAUACAACAGAUAUCUUUUAAACUCUAUUAUUCCUUAUUAAAUACAUAUCCAAACCACCCAGAUUUACAGCUUUCAGAAUCCAUUAUAGAUAAUAUAGUAAAUUCAAACUCUAUAGUUUUUUUAAAGCAACUUUAUGAUAAUAAAAUGAUAGAUGAAAAUCUAUUAUUAUAUACUAAAAACAAACUAUUAAAUCAUAAAGACUAUAUAUAUAUUAAUUGGUUAAAAUAA